AUGGCAAAUAAUAAUCGAACAAUGAUUCCAUCAUCUCAGUUACAAAUAACAAAUUCAAGUUUUAUUAAAUCUGAAAUUGAACGUUUUGAAAGUGUUCAUCCAUCAAUUUAUACAAUUUAUGAACUUAUUGAAGAAAUUAAAGAUCAACCAAAUAUUCAAACACAAAUACGUGAUCAUGUGAUGGUUAUUGAAGAUUCGUUUGUGAACAGUCAAGAAUGGACAUUAAGUCGUAGUGUAUUAGAUAUUCGUAUUGGUUUAUUAGGAACAUUAUCAAGUGGAAAAUCUGCUUUAGUUCAUCGAUUUUUAACUGGUACUUAUAUGCAAGAAGAAUCACCUGAAGGUGGAAGAUUUAAAAAAGAAAUUAUUAUUGAUAAUCAAAGUUAUUUAUUACUUAUACGAGAUGAAGCUAAUGCACCUGAUACACAAUUUACACAUUGGGUUGAUGCAGUUAUAUUUGUAUUUAGUUUAGAAAAUGAAGAAAGUUUUAAAGCAAUUUAUCAAUAUUAUACGAAAAUGAAUCAUUAUAGAAAUAUCACUGACAUGCCUUUUAUUCUUGUUGGAACACAAGAUGCAAUUAGUGAAAGUAAUCCACGUGUUAUACAUGAAGAUCGUGCUAGAAAAUUAUCUAAUGAACUAAAACGAUGUAUUUAUUAUGAAACAUGUGCUACAUAUGGUCUUAAUGUUGAACGAGUAUUUCAUGAUGUUUGUCAAAAAAUUGUUCAACAAAGAUAUGGAACAUCUAAUUCAAUGUCAUCAACAAAUCGUUCCUUAACACCUCAAACAAUAUCUAAUAUAACAACACAUUCAACAAAUUCUUUAACACAACAAUCACCUGUAUCAAAUCAAGUUCGACUUGUCACAAAUUCUCAUAGUGUACCAUCAUCGUAUGUAGCUGGAAAUAUAAAUUUAGCUCAAACAGCACCAGCAUCUGUUUUUUCAUCGUAUCAUUAUCAACAAGAACAACAACCAAUACUUGUUCUUCCAACACAAAAUUUUCCUAUUGCACAAUUAGCUCAAUGUUUUAAUAAUCAAUCAACUAAUGGUGUACUAAAAGAUCGAAAUAAUCAACAACAACAAAUUGAUAAACGAAAUCGUUCAUUUAAAGAACCAAUUGGAAAUAGUUUAUCAACACUCAAAGAAGCUCAAUCAUUACCUGUACAUGAAGGACAAACAAAUGAACAAUUAACACCUACAUCAACGCCAACACAAAAAAGAAAAGAAACGAAGCGAAAAUCCAAUCUUUUUACACCUGGUAAAAAAGACGAAGAAAAGAAUAAAACAGAUCGAUUAGGUCAUGGCCGAGCAAUACCAAUUAAACAGGGAUUUUUGUAUAAAAAAGGAACGAACAGUAUCAAUCGAGAUUGGAAGAAAAAAUAUGUUGUUUUACUUGAUGAUGGUCGAUUAAUAUAUCAUCCAUCAUUGCAUGAUUAUGAAAAUGAUUCUCAUGGUAAAGAAAUAAUUCUUCAGCGUACAACAAUUAAAAUUCCUGGUUCAAAUAAACCACGUAUUGCAUUACGUAGUGCAAGUAAUGAUAAUAAAUUAAAUGAUUUAACAUCAUCCGAUGGUGCUAUUAUUAUAUCGAAUUCAUCUGUUACACCAGGUAUUAUUGAUCAAGUAGUUCUUUCGUCUCCAUUAGGAAAAAUUGAGACACCAAAUGCAAAAAAGCGUCAUCGUCGUGUACAACAGACAAAUCCAACAAAUUUAAUAAAUAACUCUGCAACACCAAAACAGAUAUCAAAUAAUAAUGGUGGUGAUGAUGAUGGCGAUGAAAAUGUUUUUAUUAUUGUUUCAUUGGAUAAACAAUGGUAUUUUGAAGCACAAUCAAAUGAAGAACGUGAUGAAUGGGUACAAGCUAUUGAACAACAAAUUUUAUUUAGUUUACAAAAUAUUGAAUCAUCAAAAGCAGCACGAGCCGCUAAAAUUGGUGGACCAACUAUGGCUGAUUCAGCAUCAAUACAAACAAUUAAACAAAUACCAGGAAAUGGUUUUUGUGCAGAUUGUGAACAAAUAAAUCCAACGUGGGCGUCAUUAAAUCUUGGAGCUUUAAUUUGUAUGGAUUGUGCAUCAUUACAUCGAAAUCUUGGAACACAUCUAUCACGUGUUCGAUCAUUAGAACUUGAUGAAUGGCCACCUGAACUUGUACAAAUAAUGCGUUCAAUCGGAAAUAAACUUGCCAAUUCAAUAUGGGAAGCCAAUAUUAAAAAUCGAGUUAAACCACAACCAAAUGCUGUAUCGUCUGAACGUGAAAGAUGGAUUCGUGAUAAAUAUGAACAAAAAUUAUUUCUUGCACCAUUGACUAUUUCGCCUUCUUUAAUAAAACAAUCACUUAUUGAUGCUAUUCAUAAAGUAGAUCUUUAUACAAUCAUACUUAUAUUAGCACAUAGAAAAUUAUCAAAUGAAGAUAAUAAUUCUUCACUAUUACAUUUAGCUGCUUCACAAGGAAAUGUUACUAUUUUACAACUUCUACUUUGGUAUGGUGCUGAUGCAUUUGCUAUUGAUAGUAAUGGUCGUACACCUCUUCAAUGUGCUCAAGGUGAUUGUAUUCAAGUUCUUCAAACAUUAACUAAUAAUAAUACAGAUUCACAUACAAAUUCUCAACAAAUAAAACCGACAUCAAUAUCUCCUCAACACAGUACAAUACCUCGUCAACGUCCACCAGCAUCAUCACCUGGUCCGCCUUAUGAUAAACUUCCAUCAACUGUUAUUUAA